AUGCAUCAUAAGUUUUAUUUUGCUGACAGUCUGCCAGUUUCACAUCAUCUGUCACAAGUGAACUUCAGAGAGUGUCCACCUGAUGGUACCACUCAGGCAGCGGAACACGAUGUGGAUGCCCAGUCACAGGUGUCUGAUUGUGACACCCACCCUGUCUCAUGCCCUGCACAACCAAGUAACCCCUAGGCAUGCUUCGACCCAUAUGACUCCCAGGAGGCUCAAAAUAAGGAAUUUGUGGGUUUUUCCAUACUUCCCAGCCAAGUGCACAGAAAAUAAUUGAAAAGGGGAUUUACAUUUACACUUAUGGUUGGUGGGGAGUCAGGUUUAGGAAAGUCCACCAGCCUUUUCCUGACAGACAUGUACAAGGACAGGAAUAUGUUAAAUGCUGAGGAGAGGAUCAUGAAGACUAUAGAAAUCAUCAGGCAUACAGUAGGCAUCGAGGAGAAAGGAGUCCUGCAGCUCAGUAUUGUGGACACACCAGGAUUUGGGGAUGCUGUCAACAACACAGGAAGCUGGAAGCCAGUAGUGGAUUAUAUUGACCAGCAGUUUGAGCAUAGUCUACCUAUUGAUGUGGAGUUCAUGAAGGCACUACAGAAGAAGGUCAGCAUUGUGCCUGUGCUGGCUAAAGUUGACUGCCUAACAGUACUUGAAGUAGUACAGAAAAAAAAAAGGUGUAUUCAAGAGGAGCUUGAGAGACUUCGGAUUAAAAUCUACAAGUUUCCUGAUGACUCAGAUGAAGAUGAGGAAUUCAAAUUCCAGGACCAACAGCUCAAAGACAGCAUUCCUUUUGCUGUGGUUGGCAGUAAUAUUCUAGUGGAAAGCAAAGGCAGAAGAUUUUGUGGACGCACAAAUCCCUGGGGUGUAGUGGAAGUGGAAAACCCUGCCCACUCAGACUUCCUGAAGCUGAGAAGCAUGCUGGUCCACACACAUUUGCAGGCCUUGAAGGACGUCACUCAGGAGACGCAUUACAAGAACUACCAACUCCACAACAUUACCCGCAUGGUAGUCAGAGAGAGGAAACGUAGUCCGUGUAACCAACUGAAGGAAAGGCCUCUGGUGCCUGUAGACAGUGAGAUGGAACACCACAUUUGGAAGAAAGAUGCAGAGCUGUGGCAAAUACAAGAGUUGCUGUGGCGCUUGCAGGAGCAGCUGGGGCCUGGCCAAUGA